AUGAAGUAUAGGACAGUGGUGAUGUACAUGGAGAUCGGCUGCUUUGUGAUCUGUGUAUCCGGAUGGAUUCUAGUUUGUUCUACAAUGCCCACUGAGAUCUGGACCUGGUCUGAGGUAGACAGCAUCGUCCUGACCACUUCAAACUACUUCUCUAACCUUUGGAAGGACUGUAUAUCAGAUUCAACUGGAGUAUCGGACUGCAAAGGAAUCCCAUCAAUGCUCGCCCUGCACUGUACGUAUAAUUUAUCUGAGCUGGAUGAUUGGGGAUGAUGAACUUCACUUUUUAAUAUUUGCUGAAUGUUUUUAACUCUCUGACAGGGGAAAUUCACUUCUGUCGCGCUCUCAUCAUUAUCUCCAUCAUCCUGUCUUUCUUUGGAUCCAUCCUGGUCCUGGUGGGAAUGAAGUGCACUAAGAUUGGAGGUACAGAACUAGCUAACGCAAGAGUAACAUUUGCUGGAGGGAUGAACUACCUUAUCGGAGGUAAGAUUGGAUCAAAUGAGGUUGUAUUACCCCUUAGCUUUGCUGGAUUGUAUUAUUGAUCUGUGCCUGUUUUUUCAGGGAUGUGCUCAAUGGUCGCCUUUUCUUAUUACGGAAACAAAAUCAGAGCAGAAUUUCAAGACCCUUUGUACAAAGCUCAGAAGUACGUAAAUCAAAGAUAUAUACUUUUUUGUGAUAUGACCCAGGGUGUACUCUGAAGUAUUUGUUUUUAUCCACUGCCAGGUUUGAAAUAGGUGUUGGAGUUUUUAUAGGCUGGGCAGGCUUCACCUUACUUGUUUCUGGAGGUCUUGUUUACAGUAUCUUUGCAGGCCGGGAAGGGUGCCAAUCAAGGUAAAAAGCAGCUACUGUGUCCUUGAUUUGUCUCUCUCAGUAUUUCAAUCAUUUUCCUCAGAAAGAAUGACCUUUUCUUCUCACUAAACCUCACAGCCCUGAAAGAUAUCCUGGCUACCAGUACCAAGGCGCCUACGCAGCCGCCCCGACAAAAAAGAGCAUCAUAUCAUCUGCUCCUUCAGAUAUCAGUGGAAGCAGGAAAACAAGGAGCUCAGGUGGAAGUAGAGCCAGCAGUAUCUCUGCCAUCACCAAUACAACCAAGACUUCAGCUACAACUGAAUAUGUGUGA